GUAUUGGGAUAAUUACAGAUGUACUGCAGAAGUGAAUCUUUCUAGUAUAAAUGUGAAGCCGGGGAAGGCCCAUCCGUUCACUAUAGAGAAUUCACACCCACAUGUGUCUUUAUCAAAAGGUGAAACAGAGAAAUGGGAAGAUUUAGGGAUGUGGACAUUAAAAUGUGUGAAAGCUGAUGAUUGGAAACCCAGUUCAGAUCCCACAGUGUUGUACAGUGAGAAAACUAAAUCCUAUUGCAUGCACUUGAAUUGGAUAGCUUUUGUUGACAGAACAGUUGAGAUAAUGCCACAGGCAGACACAGAUGUACUGAAAACAAUGUGGCAGAUGACACACAUUUCUGGGGAAGAUCCCCGAUUACAAGCAGUUCCUAGAGAACUUUGGGCAACAGGGAAAUAUGAUGUAGGUCUGAUCAAAAAUUGUGCACCGGUGCAGAUAACACCUAAAUCGGAUUACAGACCUUGCAAAACUCAGUACCCCUUAAAGCCAGAGGCUAUUAGGGGUAUCACACCAGUGUUUAAUUCACUGCUUGAAGCUGGAGUGAUUGUGCCAUGUGAAACCUCCCCAGUGAGAACACCUAUUUUUCCAGUGAGGAAACCUAGGCCUCUGGGUGAACCAGAGGAGUGGCGUUUUGUCCAAGAUUUGCAAGUAGUGAAUGAUGCAGUAAUUCCAAGAGCUCCAAAUGUGCCAAACCCUCACACAAUCUUGUCUCAGAUUCCACCAGAAAGCAAGUGGUUUUCUGUGGUAGACUUAGCUAAUGCUUUUUUCAGUGUACCAGUUCAUCCAGACAGCCAGUUUUGGUUUGCGUUUUCUUUCAAUGGAAAGCCGUACACUUUUACCAGAUUGUGUCAGGGAUAUUGCGAAUCUCCAACUAUUUACAAUGAAGCUCUUAAAAACAGUCUUGAAUCUCUGACGCUGACCCCAGGGUCAGCAAUUCUUCAAUAUAUGGACGACUGCAUGAUUGCAGCGCCAUCUAAAGAGCAAUGUGAAAAAGACACUAUUGCGUUACUUUGUCAUCUAGCGGAGGAAGGUCACAAGGCGAGCUUGUCAAAGCUGCAGUUUGUAAAACAGCAAGUGAAAUUCUUGGGGCAUCUGAUAUCAGAACAAGGCAAAACUAUUGAGCAGAACAGAGUUGCAGCAAUACAAAACAUUCCAAAGCCUAACACAAAAAAACAACUGAUGUCAUUUCUAGGCAUGUGCUCUUAUUGUAGGACUUUCAUACCAAACUAUGCAGUCCUCGAAGCACCUUUGAGCGCAAUUGCUCAUGGGAAAGGCCUACAGGCCCACAGUGCACUGACUUGGACACCAGAGGCAGAAAAAGCCUUCGUAGAUUUGAAAAUGGCUUUACAAACCACCCCAACAUUAGGGAUUCCAGAUCCAAACGAAUUGUUUGUACAAACAGUUGAUGAAAAAAGUGGUUGUAUGACAUCAGUGCUAUUACAAAAUCAUGGUGGGAAAAUGAGACCAGUGGCCUACUUCUCUGCUAAAUUGGAUCCAGUAGCAGCAGGCCUGCCAAUGUGUUUAAGAGCAGUAGCAGCAGCUGAGAAAGCAGUUAAUGCUUCUAGAGAUAUUGUGGGAUACAGUGAACUAACUCUUUUGGUCCCACAUGCAGUGUCGCUUCUUCUUCUUGAACAGAAAACAGCACAUAUGUCUGCGGCACGUUGGCUGAGAUAUCACACUAUUUUGCUUGACAUGCCAAAUGUGAAAGUAAAACGCUGUACUGUGUUAAACCCUGCAACUCUUCUCCCUACAGAAGCAGAUGGAGAACCACACAAUUGUGUUGCAGUUGUAAAUGAAAUUUGCAGUCCUAGGUCUGAUUUGCAGGAAACGCCGUUGCAGAAUCCAGAUCUUGAGUUUUUUGUGGAUGGAUCAGCCUUCAGAGAUCAGAAAACAGGCCGCAACUGCGUGGGGUAUGCAGUAGUAACACAACAUGAAACGGUUAAAGCAGAAUCAUUACCAGAGCAUCUCUCUGUGCAGGCAGCCGAAUUGGUUGCUUUAACAACAGCAUGCAGGUUAGCAAGAGACAAAACUGUCACCAUUUAUACUGACAGUAGAUAUGCAUUUGGGGUAGUACAUGAUUUUGGUACAUUGUGGAAAAACAGAGGUUUCCUGACUUCUUCAGGUAAAGCAAUCACGCACAAUGGCCUGAUUUCUGAACUCCUGGAUGCAAUCCUGUUGCCAAAAUCUAUUGCCAUAUGUAAGUGUGAAGCACACACUGGGAAACAUGACCCCAUUUCACAGGGCAAUGCGCAAGCAGAUGCAGCAGCAAAAUCAGCUGCGCAGAAACUGAUUUUUUCGUCAGAGAACGACGAAACUUUGUGUAUGUUGCAAAUAUGUACUCCCACAGCAGAUCUCAAAGAUCUUCAAUCACAGUCUACAGCCCAGGAAAGAGCCACAUGGAGGAAAGCAGGAGGUGUGGUAAGAGAUGGGGUUUGGUACGGCCCUGAUGACAAGCCAUGUUUGCCAAAGAAAUUGUUUCCAUUCUAUGCUAAAUUGGCACAUGGCCAAGACCAUGCGUCAAAAGGGGGGAUGUAUAGCAGUGUCUCCAGAUACUGGCACACUAAGGGCUUUGCAAACUAUUCCCAGAAGUUUUGUGAGAAAUGUGUGUGCAACAAACAACAUUGGCCGAGGCGUUAA